AUGACAGACUCGUACAAGGUCGUCGAGAGGCCAGCAGGCAAAGAGGCUCUGCGUGCACUUCUCCACCUCAUCCUCUUUCAUCGACUUUUCGGUUGUAUCAAGCCGAGAACAACAGAGAUAUUUGACCUGACGUUGCCUGCAGUGGAUGAGCCAGAAAUCGAUAAUAUCGUGAACAUCAAGAUUGACCAAUUUUGGAAAACUCUCGAGUCGUCGGCUAACUCUCGAGCGCAAAUGAUCGUUGUAUUCUCGGAAAAACGAACAAAGAAGAGCUGGUUUACGAGUAACGAGGAAGAGGUUCCAUGGGAGAAAUGGAUCAUCGAGGCACAGUUGACCAGCAAAGCGGAUCCGCCACAACGCAACAACGCUCAGAAUUCGGUAACCCGAUCUCACCUACAGCGCUGCAUGCAGCGCGUUCUGGAACACGUGGACGAGAAGCGCGACGCCGUUCCACCAAUCCAGGCCCAAACACUCGUACCCUUCCCUAUGUCCAUCACUGUUCCCCAUGUACCAGUGGCAGAUCAGAGAGCCACGUCUGCCGCUACUGGGAAAUACGGACGAUGA